AUGGUGACGAUCAGCGAGUCCGAGCGCGAGGGGUUCGACGAUGUCCUGGGCAGCGGAGGCAUCUUCCGCAAGAUGUUGACGGUCAACACGGACGGCAUCCAAGCAGAAUUCGGAGAGGAAGUGGGCGUCAAGUACUCGACGUGGGUGCUCAAGACCGGGCAGAAGGUGGUGAGUGAUGAGGCCAGGAAGUUCCGCAUCGGAGACGGCGAGGUGAUGCCUGCGCUGGAGCUCGUGGCCAAGAUGAUGCACGUCGGAGAAGUGUGUGAGGUGCGCUGCGACGCUCGCUUCGCCUACGGAGACGUGGGGCUGGAGCCGCACGUGCCCCCCGGAGCCGAGAUGAAGCUCGUGGUGGAGCUCUGCCGCGUGGGGAAGAAGAUCACGGCCGAGAUGAGCUCCCAGGAGCUGAUCGUUGAGGCCACGCAGAAGAAGGAGAGCGGCAACCGCUACUUCAAGGAGAAGAACUACGAGCAGGCGGCCAAGCUCUACAAGCGCGCGCUCAAGCUGCUGGAGACGUGGGAGCACUCGGAGGAGGACGCCGCGCAGUGCAAGGAGCUGCUCAUCGCGCUGGGCAACAACGUGGGCAACGUGCAGCACAAGCUCAAGCAGUACAAGGAGGCGCGCCAGUCCAGCCUGGAGGUGCUGCAGCUGGAGCCGACCAACAUCGCGCUUGAUCAGAACGAGUUCGACGAGGCCAACAUGUUCCUGCGCAAGGCUCUGGAGAUCGAGCCGAAGAACGCCAAGGUGCGGCAGCUGCUGGUGCAGCUCAAGAAGAAGAAGCGCGACCAGAAGGCGCUCGAGAGGAAGCUGUACGCGAAGCUGGGAGGCAGCAAGCCUGCGGACACUGCCGAGACGAGCAAGGUCGCUGCGCUGGUGGCGCGCGUCCGGCAGAACCCGGCACUUAUUGCAGCUGUAGUCACAGUUAUCAUCGCGAUCCUCAUGUACGUGUACAUCGGCAAGCCGAACUACGCCAUUGAGGAUAGCGACAGCAGCAACGGCGACAUCGAAACAGAAUAG